AUGCUGGUAAAAGAAAGACUAUUUCUUAAAAACAUGUUUUUAGCGAUAAUACUCAGCAUCAUAGUCAUUUUCAUACAUUUUAAUGAGGAAUACAACGUAUAUGUUGACCAAAUAACAACUAGGAACAACAAGCUACAUAGAUUUUUGGAACUAAAUGCAGAUAACUACAGAGAAUUGCUCAGCGAUGACUGGAUACUGUCUGUCAACUAUAAAAUAGACCCGUACGAAGAAAUGGGCAUUUACGAGUUGUUGUACACCGUAAAUAUCGCUUUCCUGUCUUUGAACUCGUUUGAAAAUGUACGUAUAUUUGAUUUGCUUUGUCUUUCUAAGAUACCGGCAUUCUACUAUGUUAAAAAUGGUGUAGUGCUGGAUCAAGGCAACAAAAUUGUGACUUCUUUAGACUUAGAUAGAAAGAAUGACCUGAUUAAUGUGGUUGAUUUCUACAUACUAUCAAAAGUACACGAUAUGUACGACUACUUGCGUAAAUUCAUGAAAAGGAUGCACUAAUAUGUUUAGUAUACGUGUACGAGCAGAUAAAAAAUAAAAAGUGUUACA